UUGUACGCGGUGGAGGUGGGAGCGAGAGGUAUAACAGCGAAAUCUCUCUAUAACCUACUAAAGGACUUGGGCUUGUCCAGAACUCACUUUAAUGCAUUCUUGGAACGUACAUCGAAGGCAGCCCUAGUAGGUUCUUUUCAAAUUUGGUUAGGUAGGGAGAGGAGCUUGGACAGUGGAGGUGAGCGUAUAACGCGCGUUAACUAG